UCGUCUUCUUAUCUCUUGAAGAGAGGAGUGAGGAUAUGUUUUAACUUUAAGCAUUUUGAAAGCAAAUGCUAAAAUAUUCGGCCUAGUUUUUUUACUCUUUUUUUAUAUAUAUAUUUUGCCAAAAAAAUCAUCCCUUUCUCUUGGGUCAAGAAAGUAAACCCAAAGAAGAUUAGCCCAAUCGCAAAAGCUGCAGGCUCCACUCUGGAUCUCACCAUCAACUUGGCGUGUGCAACGAGUUGGUCUAUGUCAGACUAUACCAAGUUAAAUCGAUACUUGAAUUGAAUUACACCAAAUCGAAUAUAUUAUAUAAUUUAUUGGUCCUAUAAAUUUUAUAAAUAUUGAAGAAAAUGAACAAAAAUUAAUAUUUGGACCGACCAACCGAGCCAAAGUAGACCGCGAUCCUACUGAAUUUGGUUCAAUCCGGACUUUACCGGAAAGUUGCGCACCCAUCAACUGCUUUCACUUUCAAGAUUGAAAAUAUGAGGCGUUUGUAUCCAAUUUCUCCAGACCUUUAAUUUUCAAUAAGUCAAAGUCAACUGAAAGGAAAUUAUGCAAGUCUUCAAUCCAUUUCGGGCCGUUGGAUCAGAUAUUUUGACCCCACAAGAUGGACGUCUGCAUCAGUCCAUAAAAUGUAAAUGCACCCACCGAAUUCCCCUUCUCCGGAGUCCGGCCCGGGCUUAAGAACAGUCCAUGGGCCGACUCAAAGCCCAAUUGCGCUCGGUUGCCACUUAAGAACACGUGGCGAGCGCAGAACGCUACAUCCGGAGAAUCGACGCGAAACGGGUCGGCCGCCACGCCACCCAUCGUGGCGGCGGCGGAGGUCGAGAUUGGAGAAGAAGAAUGGAGAAAGUGGGAAGGACGGAAAAGAAAAAAAAAAAAGGAAAAUAAGCAAAAAGGGGAAAGAAGGGAACUCGUCAAUGACAAUUAUGCCACCACCAAUACUCCAAGGGUGUGGUGGAGUGAUUGCGUACACUGUCCGAAGCAGUGGGUCUCUUCUUCUUCUUCCUUCUCCCCAUCUCAACAGUCUCUUCCUAACCAUCCACCACCGCCAUCUCCGCGCUUUCGCCUCCUCCGUCACCGCUGCCAAGGCGCCGCCGUGUUCUUCUCGUUGCCCAACUCUCCGUUCUUUCCAUUUCCCUCAGAACGUCAGCUUGUUCCUCACGGGGAACUCUUCCUUCCUCAAGAUGGAGCGGUUUUGGUCUGGCAAUAGCAUUGACAAGAACAAGGCUAUGGUGGACAAUCUGAAGCGUUAUGGAGUGUUCAAUUCGGACAAGGUAGCUGAAGUAAUGGAGAACAUCGACAGGGCUCUGUUUGUGCCGAAUGGAAAUUCUGCUUAUGCUGACACCCCCAUGCCAAUUGGCUACAAUGCCACCAUCUCUGCACCUCAUAUGCAUGCAACUUGUCUUCAGUUGCUGGAGGACUAUCUGAAGCCUGGGAUGCAUGCUCUGGAUGUCGGUUCAGGAACUGGAUAUUUGACAGCAUGCUUUGCCAUGAUGGUGGGCCCAGAGGGCCGUGCAAUUGGUGUAGAUCAUAUUCCGGAACUCGUGGAAACAUCGAUCAAGAAUGUUGAGAAAAGUGCUGCUGCUUCUUUGCUGAAAGAUGGCUCUCUCCAACUGCAUGCUGGAGAUGGAAGGCAAGGUUGGCCAGAGUUUGCACCCUACGAUGCAAUCCAUGUUGGGGCAGCUGCACCUGAAAUCCCACAGCCACUGAUUGAGCAGUUAAAGCCCGGUGGGCGAAUGGUGAUUCCAGUUGGCAGCAUUUUCCAAGACCUGAAGGUUGUUGACAAGAACCAGGAUGGCUCCAUCAGCGUACGGAGUGAAACUUCAGUGCGAUACGUCCCUCUGACUAGCAAAGAUGCUCAACUGAGGGGCAACUGAUCUUUCUAGGAUGCUGGGUUGUAACUCAGGGAUCGCUUAAAUUUCUGGCUCUAGUUAUGUAAAUAAAUUAGUUGUGACUUUGAGCGCUAUCUUACUGCCUUGUCCAGCUCUCUCUGUGCUAAUGAAUCAGAGCUGUUUAGUAGGCAUUGAAUAGUGUGCUUGCUUGUAAUUACCUUUUGAUACCAGCUGAAGGUAUCCUGAAUAACCAGGUCGAUCGAUAUAUAUAAAUUGCUGUGCUAAGCUUUAUACUACUAGACUGUUCGGUAUGGUUUCUCAAUACAACCGAUUCCAGCAAAAUGUUUGUACCGGCAGCAGUCCAGAAUCAUGGCAGACCUUUAAUCAUUUUUCCAGACAAUGUUCAAUAGUUUAUGAAUAUUUGAAUAACCAGUCUGCAAUUUGCUCAGUUUUAGAAUUAUACAGUGAGGGGCUGCAAACCAUGCAAUUUUGGCUUGCGAAAAGUAGCUAUACCUUCAUCGCUUGAAGGGUAAAAUAUGCUGCUGCUGCUCAAUGCACAAAUGCCUUGGGGGGCAUACAUUAAGAAAUCUGACGAGAAACA